UUGUGCUAUCAAUUUUAUAAGUUGCUACUUUCCCCCCCUGAACCGAAGGAUCGUGGGGGCUAAGCUUUUUCGACGAUCGCCAAACAAGAUCUGCACCUCCAAUGUAGACCUAAGGAGGCUGACACACGUGACAAUCAGCAGUAUUUAGAUACCCAUUGCACAAAUUCAGGUUCGUCAUCAUUGGUCUUCUCUCUUUUUCCACUGGUUCUGUGGUCGAAAUUGUCUAGACAGCGUAGAAUUGGCGGAAGAGUCCAAACGACAUGGUUCAAAUCACUGCAUUCCUGGGCGCUAUCGCCCUCCUCCCGUCUUCCCUUCGCGUCCUCGCAACACCCACGCCAGGAGACUGCGGCCAGGACUACCCCACCCCGAUAAGCAAGCGCACGGCGCAGGAGGUCAUCGCCCAGCUGAACCUCACGGCCAACGACGAAAAGGGCUACUACAUCCAGACCUUCCAGGACCCGGGCGUCGUCCCGGGGACCAACCGCUCCCUCAGCACCGCCAUUUACUACCUCCUCGAGGGCUCCGAGGGCGACUCGUACUGGCACAAGAUCGACGCUGUCGAGGUCUGGCACCACUACGCGGGGGCGCCCCUGACGCUGUCGCUGUCGCACGACGAUGGCACGCCCGUCAGGGUCGUGACGCUCGGGCCGGACGUGUUUGCGGGCCAGCAGCCGCAGUAUGCGAUUGAGAGGUGGGAGUGGCAGAGCGCGAGGAGCUUGGGCGACUGGACUCUUGUCGGGACGACAGUUGCGCCGGGUUUCAUCGAGAGCGGAUCUGUUAUUGCGUCUCCGGACUGGCAACCAAAUGGGGCGUGACAGCACGACAUGAUGGUCGAAUAGCCUCGCAUAUGCUGGAACCUCGGCCUCCAGCGACGUUGGUAGUACUCUAGAGUGCGUAGACAGCAUUACUGAGCGCUGCGUUUUGCGGCUGGCCCGGCGCUGCCCGGCGGUGCCCGGCGGAGGACGAGCUGUAUCUCACAGUAUAGGAGCUCCUCUAGCUCAUCAGGCGGCAGUUCGGUCGUGGACGGUCGAGGAGC